CAAUCAUCGCAUUCUGUUCGGCGCGACCCGUUGACUAGCCUUUGCCAUUGCCGCCGCCGCCUUAGACGAGCGGUUUUUCGCUUGAAAUAACCACGGAAAAGAAAAGAGAAAAAGAAGGAUCAGAGGAGGGGAAAAUGGCGACGGAGAAGCGCCACCGCCGGCACUCGCCGCCGGCCGCCACGCCCGGUGCCUCGCCCACGUCCUCCUCGAAUCCAGAAUCCGCCGUAUUCCGCUCGCCUUCCCCUCCGCCGGACGUCCUCCCAGACAUCGCCUCCCGCCUGACCUCCCUCGAGGACUUCUUCGCCCUGCGCGCCUACCGCGCCCUCCUCCCGCCGUCCCGUGGGGUUCUCGCCUCCCAGUCCCCGCUCCUCCUAGUCGCGCUAUUCCCCUCAUUCUCCGAGGCGCUCUUUCACCUCUCGCUCCGCCGCCUCCACCGCUUCCGCCACCACCUGCCCCUCUCCCGCCACACCCUCCUCUACGCGCACGGCUACCUCGUCACGGCCACCACCGCGGGGUCCUCCCACUACCCUCCGAGGCUCCUGCUCCUCCACCUCUUCUCCGGGGUGCAGAUCCGCCUCCCUAAGGUCCCGGCGCCGUUCACCCGCGUCAUCCUCUCCGAGGACCUCGCCGUGGUCCUCUUUCUGCCUGGCAGGCCAACCGUCCAGCACUGCCGCCUGGGGGACACACUCUGGCGCGUGGUCCGCGCCGAUGCGCCGGACGUGGUCGACGACAUGCUCUUCGUCGAUGGCACCCUCUACGCCUUGGUUGGCCUCCGACUUGCCAUAGUCGAGCUGUCUGAAAAUUCGCUCGAGCUGUCGUAUCUUGGAGGGGACUUGGAUGACAAGAGCAGGCCAGCGGGAGGGCUGUUCAGGCUUGGACUUGGAGAGUGCGGGGGCGAUGUGUUGCUGCUCAUCAGUGAGGAUCAUGAGGGUAUGAUGGUUUACCGUGUUUUUCGGUGGGUGUCCGAUGAGGGAAAGUGGGCUUCAGUCACGAGCUUGGGCGGGAGGACACUGUUUCUUGGUUAUGAUGGAUUUGCAUCCUGCCUUGGUCCUGAUUACCCAGGAAUUCGAGGGGAUUGCUUAUAUGCAGCUGGGCUACGCUUGGGUGAAUGGCACGAGUACUCAUUGGCUGAUGGAACUUGCGAUGUUCGAUAUGGGGUGCACCACCGCUGGAUGCUGUCUGCGAGGCCACCAGUUUGGGUCUUCCCUAGCUUGUGUUGAUGCUGUCUGCGAAUUCUUUACGAGCAUGUAGAACAUCUGAUGCCGACUUGGAAUAAAUCAUGGUAUGAUGGUUUCUGUAAACUCUGUUGUUGUAGCAAUGAGUAUUGAAAAAUACAUUACCAGUUAUUUGUUAUGUUGAUUGACAUAGAGAAUGCACUCGUUGAAUUUAACCAUAAGAACAGAUAAUGUCGGAUCAUGCCCAUAAAUAAAUGGAUGGUUUAUCUAUGCAAUAUGCAUCUUUUGAGACCUUGGUUUAGCUAAUUUUGCUUCUUUCUUGGUACAUGUAUAUUACCAUGCACUGCAACAAAUAAUGAGUACUCUGCUGUGUAAAGAAUUAUAAAUUAAAUUUUUCAUUACUUGAUCUGAUAAUACUGGUAAUUUGAUAUGUUCACUGCUGGUGAGCAUGUCUUCAAUCAUUUUGUUAUCCAUAAAAUUUCUCUUUGGUAACAUGGUAUUCCAAACCAAUUUUGGACUACUAAUAUCUUGAUAUGUUGGGGUAUUCCCCCAGGCACAAAUGGUUAGAUUCAUCUUGUUAUUGCACCUGGUUUUGGUAGCGAUAGAUAGUUCAGCAGGUACUAUGAUAGAAAAGGAUGAAGGUCCUAAUGCCCUAACCAUAUUUUCUAGGAAAGGGUAGCAGAAGUUGGAAGUGUAACCAUAUCACUCCAAGGUUCCACCAUUCUUUCAAUGAAGGAACAAAAUAUAGCUGAACCAAACCUGGGAAAAGCAGAAGAUUUUUAUCUUAGUACCUGCUAUUCAUUGCAUAUACCUAUUUGCUCAAUCAUCUAUAUGAGCAUCUGGCUGCAUAUAAGGACCGUUUGCUUACCUUUUCCAUCUAGAUUCUUAGACAGUCCUGACUAAACAAAUGUUACCGCCACACUGAACUUGACAGCAAUUUAUUAGUAUUGAACUUGCACCUGUUUUUUUCCUCAUUUCAAGUAUGUUAGAAUGUCCAGUUUCCAGUUCAUGAAAAAGAUCCCUGGAGAGUCAAUUGGGAGAUUUCGGACCAAAAAUGGUGAAGGCUUUAAUUUAAGGUAUAGUUUAUCGAUAGAUCAAAGAUCAUAUGCUGUUAAUGAAACAUGGAAACACUAUUUUAAUCAGGAAGGCCAGGGUAAAAGUUUACACAAUUUUCUGAUAGUGUGUGGUUAAAAAUCUUUCCCAUUUUUUUCUGCACAAGAAGAGAGGUGCUUGCUUAUUUGAUUUUAAAUUCCUCAUUUGUUGAAGUUUUAAGAAUCGGGAAAUUUGCAUAAUUGCAUGCUGCGUUUGAUAACUAGAGAAGUCAGUAUUAGCUUGCAGAAAAUCUGUCAUAUGUACUUUUUGAUUUUUGUAUUAGGCUGGUAGUUAGUCCCUUCCUUGUUGACUUAUAGGCGUGAAUAAUUCUGCAGCCCUAGAUUCUGUUGUUGCUGCAGUUGUUCAGAUUUCCUGUCUUUUUGCUUGGAAUGUCCUGACCCGCGCAUGGACGACGAGCAUGGUAUUAUCUGGCUCGUGUUGGAUGUGCAUGGUAUUAUCUGGCUUGUGUUGGAUGUAAUACUCGGAAACUGAAAUUCAGUGCACUUCAUCUCUGUUUCAUUGCCAUGUCAAGCAAGUUUUUGAGAAUUUUCAUCUCUUGCCAUCCUUGGAUCGAUUUACUCAUUUGGAGUCUGCAGAAAAAUACACAAAUCGGUAAUUUUGGUUGCAAAGCUGCUAAACCUGAACAAGUCAUGUACAUCCCACAAGUUGACCUUGCUCGAAUCAUUGACUUCAAGGCGUCUGAUCUUAACAUGCUGGGGGAUACAAAUGGGUCGAUGAAUGCCAACCCGGCUAAUGCCACACUGUAUUUUCUGAAGCGCUUGUGUUGAUUGCGAUUUGUUCAGAAACUUCAGAUGUGCAAAUGAUUUCUUUGCUACAAGAAGUUGCGCCUCUUGUGUAGCGUAACACUUAUUUUUACUAUGUAAUUCUGCUUGUCGAGUGUAUUAUACCUUGUUAAGCUGAGCUCUGACACCACCUGAAGGUAUAUCUACAUGUGCCCGAUUA